UAUAUGCAUACAUGUACUGCAUCUAAUCCUUUCUCAAAAAUUGGAAUAUUGGAAAACAAAAUUGAAGGAAUACGGACUGCUUCUGUAAAAGACACUUUCAAUUCUCAUGGACGAGCUGACGUUCACAGUUUCUCCAAAUACGUCAUCAUUAUUGAAUUAUAGCAAUGCUACAUUUCAACCAGCACUAGAAACUUUUUCUGAUUCUUCGUGGGGCUUGUCAAUUACAAUCAUUUCUACAAUCCUCCUUGUUAUCGGAGUGGCCGGUAAUACUAUUAUAAUUAUUCUUGUAUCAACAAGGAAGGAACUUCGAACACCGACAUUCACGGCAAUAGCUUGUCUCUCCGUAGCUGAUUUGCUAUGUUUGUGUUCGCGUUACGUGUACACGAUUAACGCUAUAAAACAUUUUAUGGAAUACCAAGCUUGGAGUAUGUACGGAACAGUAACGUUUUAUUUUUUACACAGUGCGAACUUUCAUAUUAUGUUAAUUGCAUAUUUACGUUAUGUAUUUAUUACUAAGCCUUUGCGAAGUGUGAACAUCACCACAAAAAGCGUAUUAAAAAUGUCGGGAGGAGUGUGGUUUGCAGGAAUACUAACAGGAUCUCUAUACUGCCUAACAAUUGUGUUGGAACUGUAUGAGAAUAUCACUGUCGAGCAUAGUUCUGUUUUGCAAGUAAUAUUCUAUAUAUAUGUCACAUUUGUACCAUUUUUACUCAUUGUGGUUUUGCACAUUAUCAAAAUUUUCAAACUAAACAAGAUGGGGCAUUUGUCAACAGGAAAACACUUAUCAAUUUCAAGAAAAAUGUCCCUGAUGCUUUUUAUAGUCAUUUUGAUCUAUAUAUUGAGUACCACUCCAAUGUUGGCAACUAUGAUUCUGUAUUUAAUAUGUAUGUCAAUAGAUUACAGGCUCGCUGUAUGUCAGAUUUCUUUUUUUUAUUACACUGUAUCAGUUGUGUCAUUAUGUUUGCUUUUGAACAAUGCUGUUAAUCCAUUAGUUUACUUUUUCUUUUCUCCCCCAAGUCUUAAAGUCCUUCGCAGAAUCAAGCAAUGCUGCACAAAGUCUUAAACAACUACUAAUUCAACAGAGGCUAUGUUCAACAAAUAUAUGACUGACUUGGAAUCAGGUCCUUCAUUGGUUCAUGUAAUGUUAGAUAUCAAA